AAGCUGAUCUGUUCCUUUGAACACGACGCGUCCAGGUUCAUCACUCAACCACUCUUCGGAAUUUCCAAUUGGUAUCCCGUGGCAGGCUUCCUUCGAGCAGUCCAAACAUAUCCACUAUGCUUCAGUCCUCGAGUCGACGGAUUAGCGCAACAUCGCCCCAAAAUCUGAUCACGUGGUCUAUGUGGAUUCCAGGGUACAGGUACCACCGUAGAUUCCGUAAUGACCCACGGUUUCACCCGAAUCUAUACCAUCCCAGCUUCUCUGUUGGAUUCCAGGUGCAAACUUCACCAGACGACACAAUCAAUAUGCUUCGUCAAAAAUACGUCCAACCUGGACAACACGUAGAUCGCUGGGAACGUUUGAGGGCAUUUUCAGCCUUUCCAAUGAAUUGUCAAGAGUUCUGCGAAUACAUACUAGCUGAGGUGGCGUCCAAGCAGGACCAAUUCAGUCUGACCAUUGGGCGUCCUUUCUAUUGGAGGCCAACACAACAGGAUCAUCCCUCUAUCAUUCGCUUUGCUAUAGCUCCAUCACCCAUUCUCCUGGAGCUGUACGACUUGCUGAGUGAUAAGUUUCUCCAGAUCCAAAAGCGAAUGCUCAAAGGUGGUACUCAUCAUGACCCUUCGAAGUUACCUUUCCGAACCCUAAAUCCAUCUCCAUGGCGAGCAGGCACAUACCUCCCUAGCGUUCGCAUUUGCAAGCUUCCGGAAAGGAUCCUUUUCAAGGGCCUCAAAGAAAUAAAGGAGCAGUACCCAGAUGGCGUUGGGGAGGUGAAGAUCACUGGAUUUGUUCUUAGCCGAGAUGCAAGGAAAGAACACUUCCAAAACCUUGGGGAUGGAAACGUGCCUUUCAAGUUCUUCCCAUUUCGAGAGACCUUGGAAAGAGAGAAAGAUAGUAAAAUUGCUACCGAUCCACAAGUUGGCACCCAGUCCGCGGAUGUCGAGUGAGAUGCUAGUUGCUUACACAAUCGUUCGGUUCGAUCACAUCACUGCUCGUUCCUCCGCUCAAUAAAUGUGCGGCUUUCGAUUCGCGCACGGUACGCAGGAUUGUAGAUGACUUUGCAUCCCACCCGAAGAGACUCGAGAUUCAGCACAAACUCCCCUGAUUGGGUCGGCAUUUGCUUGCCCUUCCUUCGUGGAAGAUGAUUCCACCACCUAUCAUGGGACCAAAGGUGUCAAUGGAAAUUAAUAAUCCAAGAUUCUGCAUCAAACUGGCACCUUAAUUUUGUAAUUAUUGUGAAAAAUCCGUUCGCAGAAACCUACCAGGAAGGCUCUCUCUCAGCUUGCUUUAGCUUGGAAGAAUUGUUCCGCGGCCUAAAGUGCUGG